AUGUCUACCACCGCAGUUAUUAAAGCACUGGGUUUGACUGGCAUUGAGCGGCUUCAAAAGAUUCAAAGAUCAGUUGAAGCUGGAUUUGCACCCCAUUUCGCUGGCCUGCAAAAGGUCAUUGCGCAUAUUCAUGCAAACCCUGAGAUCGCUUUCGAGGAGUACAUUGCUCAUGACACUCUCUGCGACUUCCUUGAGGGCCUCGGAUUCGAGGUCACCAGGAAGGCCUUUGGCGUCGAGACCGCCUUCGAAGUUCUUUAUGGUCAGUCCGGCAGAUUGAUCAGUAUCGAUGCGGAAUACGACGCCCUCCCAGGAGUUGGUCAUGCAUGUGGCCAUCAUCUCAUUGCCGCCACUAGCAUUGCCGCCUUCCUGGGCCUUGUUCAUACGCUGAAGGAACAAGGUGUUCCAGGCAGAGUGCAGCUGCUUGGUUGCCCAGCAGAGGAGAAUCAAGGAGGAAAAGUAGCAUUGGUGCGAGGAGGAGCUCUGAAGGGAGUGGAUGCAGCAAUCGAGGCUCACCCGAACGUUCCAGAGAAGCAAGACAACCACCGGGGCCCAGCUGAUAUUACUGGUGUCGGUGCCCUCCCAACUCUGGCCAUGACACGCUGGGUUGUUGAGUACCAUGGCAGAGCCGCCCAUGCAGCUGGCUUCCCGCACCAGGGUAUCAAUGCAUACGAUGCCGCAAUUAUGGCUUACAACAAUGUUUCCUGCCUCAGACAACAGACCCUUUCGGAAGAACGAAUUCACGGUGUCAUCUUAGAGGGACCUACCGUUCCGAAUACGAUUAGUCACUACACCAAAUCAAUCUGGAUCGCCCGGAGUCUCACAAAGGGAACCUUGAAGGAACUAUCAAAGAAAAUGAUUGGUUGCUUUGAGGGUGCAGCAGCCGCUUCUGGGUGCACUGUCAAAAUUACCGAAGGCAACAUGUACCUUGAUCAAGUUGUUACAGAAUCUCUCUGCCAGAGAUACGCGGACAUUGCAAACAGCACCGGAACUGAAAAGGUUCACCCUUUUUCCACCAAAGUCGAGACCGGCUCAACUGACUUCGGCAAUAUCACCUAUGAGUGCCCGGGUGUCCACGCUUAUUAUGCGAUUGAUUGCUCUCCCGACACGAUUAUGCAUCACCAAGGCUUUACAGCAGCAUCCGGUACCCCCGAGGCUUUUAAGCGGGCUACCGAUGUUGGUACUAUUGUUGCUCUAACGGCGUGGGAUCUGCUCACUGAUGAUGCUUUCUUUGAGGAAGUGAAGAAAGAAUGGGAGGUGAAGUUGCAGCAGAGUCUGUCCUCAUAG